CCCAAGAAUCACUUUCUGAGAUCGUUUGGAGGGAAUGUGCAUGUCUAGGUCUGUGCAGUCAACAAAGCGCCUGCAACUUGUGUCUUGGUUCUGAAGGGUACUAAGCGUGUGCGUGUCUGCAGCGCUUGAAUUCUUUCUUUCCCUUGAAACAGUAGGCGCUUAGCAACUGAGUCAAUAAAAUAACGGACCAGUGAUAUUGCCGGCUGUCUGUGGGAUCAGCGGUUUGUUUGCUUAAGGUGGUAACGUUUACUUAAGGUUGUAUUAAAACUGUGCCAGUGAACUCAGGAACUCAGCCCUACUCCAUUAUCCCACCUCAUUAGGAAGCGCGCUGUCCUGCGUCCGUGGAUCCUCUGGGAGAUGCUGGGACCCAGAGUAUCUAAACAAGUAUUGAAAUCGGACAGUUUCCUGACUUUCUACCCAGAAUAGUGAGCCGGUGUGCAGUCUGUAAUGGGUGACUUCUGAUUGUCAUUCUGAACACGGUGGCUCUCCUGCCCUCAGUGGUCGCCUCUGCAGGGUCUGCUGAGGUGCGUGGAGCAGUCGGCCCCCAGACCGCCGGCUGGGGCUCUUUGCUGCGUUCCCAUGUGUGUCUCUGUAAGCUCUGUCGGUGUCCACUUUCUGUUGGCUGUCAUUCCUUGGUUUGGUCAGUAUUCUAUCUCUAGAAGUGCACACUCUUAUUUUUGCUAAUCUACUUUACCUGGGAAACCAGAUUAAACUCAUUAGAAUUGGGAUUACCAGUGAAAUGAAAAUAUAUAUAUUCUAGAAUAACAUGAUUCCUUGGAAACGGUGGGUUUUGUUUUGUUUCGUUUUCUUUUUGGCAUAAGGACUUGGGCCUAGUUGCCAGGCUCAGUGGGUGUAUUUCAGGGUGCGUCUUACUGGGCUCUCCUGCAUUUGUCACCUCUUCCAUCUUUGUUCUCUAUCUUCCUGCCUCCGAGGUCAUUCUUUCUUGGUGACCCUGCUGACCCGGCCUCCAUCUGCGCCUGGAUCAGCCCUCCUCUGGGCGACACAGCUGCCAGCUCCCCCCGCUGCUGGGGCCGGGGUCCUGUCUGCGCCCUGCUGCCAGGAUGAGCUCCCAGCACGUAAAGGUAGGCUGACAUUGGAAAUUUGACGGAAUUCCAGGUGACUCAGGAAAGCACACGUACGGCCCAGCCAGCUCGGCUCCAUUUCCCAGCCCCUCGGACCUGGUUCCAGGGCCCCUCAUCUGUGACGGGGGAAGCAGCUGAAAAUGCGCAUCUCAAAUGCAAGCCCGACCUAGCAGGAGUCUUUGGCCCGCCUUGCCCUGUCCCUCAAGUCGGAUCAUGAAGGUGCUGGGGAGAAGCCACCUGUGGGUGUGGCUCCCGUUCCUUCACCUGCUGGCCAGCGGCGCGGAGCACGAGGAAGCGGUGAGACACGCCAUCGAGUUGCACCGGCGCCAAGGGGCGGCCGUCACCCAGAGGAGACAGUGGGUCCUGGACGGUUGCAGAAAGCUCUCCGGGCUUCUUCGCCAAAAGGCUGUGGUUCUUAACAAACUGAAAAGUGCAGUCAGAGCAGUGGAAAAAGACACCAGCCUUUCGGAUGAAGAGAAGCUGUUUCAGGUGCACAUGUUUGAAAUUUUCCAGAAAGAGCUGAAUGAAAGUGAAAACUCAGUCUUCCAGGCCGUCCAUGGACUCCAGAGAGCCCUGCAGGGCGACUACAGGGACGUGGCCAAUGUGAAGGAGAGCAGCUGGCAGCGCCUGGAGGCCCUGCGGAAGGCAGCCAUCAAGGAAGAGACGGAGUAUGUGGAACUUCUGGCAGCAGAAAAACAUCAGGCUGAAGUUCUUAAAAGCAUGCAGCAUCGGAACAAAAGUUUAUCCCUCCUGGAUGAGAUCCUUGAGGACGUGAGGAAGGCGGCAGACCGUCUGGAGAAGGAGACGGAGGAACGCGCUUUCGACGACAAUAGGUCGGUCAGAGGGGUCAACUUUGAGGCAGUUCUGCGGGUGGAAGAGGACGAGGCCGGCUCCAAGCAGAACCUCACGAACCGGGAGGUCGAGGAGGACCUGGGCCUGAGCAUGCUCAUCGACUCCCAGAAUAACCAGUACAUCCUGACCAAGCCCAGGGACGCCACCAUCCCGCGGGCAGACCCCCACCUCAUCAAGGACAUCGUCACCAUAGGGAUGUUGUCCUUACCAUGCGGCUGGCUCUGUACAACGAUAGGACUGCCGACCAUGUUUGGUUACAUCAUCUGUGGCGUGCUUCUGGGGCCCUCCGGACUCAACAGUAUUAAGUCAGUUGUGCAGGUGGAGACGUUGGGAGAGUUUGGCGUGUUCUUUACUCUCUUCCUCGUUGGCUUAGAAUUUUCCCCAGAGAAGCUGAGAAAGGUGUGGAAGAUCUCCCUGCAGGGGCCCUGCUACAUGACUCUGCUCAUGGUGGCCUUUGGCUUGCUCUGGGGCCACCUUCUGCAGAUCAGACCCACCCAGAGCGUCUUUAUCUCCACCUGCCUCUCCUUGUCGAGCACACCCCUGGUGUCCAAGUUCCUUGUGGGCAGCGCUCGCAGCGACAAGGAAGCAGGCGACAUCGACUACGGCGCGGUGCUGCUGGGGAUGCUGGUGACGCAGGACGUGCAGCUGGGACUGUUCAUGGCUGUCCUGCCCACGCUCAUCCAGGCGGGAGCCGGCGCACACGCCAGCGUCGCCAUGGAGGUCCUGCGGGUCCUGGGCCUGGUCGGGCAGGUCCUCUUCUCGCUUGCUGCGGUUCUCCUCUUCUGUCUUGUCGUGAGGACCUACCUCGUGGGACCGUACUGCCGGAGGCUGCACGCGGAGAGCAAGGGGAACAAGGAGGUCCUCAUCCUGGGAAUCUCCGCUUUCACCUUCCUCAUGCUGACGGUCACCGAGCUCCUGGACGUGUCUAUGGAGCUGGGCUGCUUCCUGGCCGGAGCCCUGGUGUCCUCCCAGGGCCACGUGGUCGCUGAGGAGGUCGUGUCCUGCGUGGAGCCCGUCCGCGACUUCCUGGCCAUCGUGUUCUUCGCGUCCAUAGGACUUCACGUGUUCCCCACCUUCGUGCUGCGCGAGCUCGCCGUGCUGCUGGCCCUCACGCUCUCGGUGGUGGCCAUGAAGUGAGUCUAAAGAACCGCAACCCGGCUCUGGUGACGCAAACGUACCUUUUCACGGCCACUGAGAACUAUUUCGCCACUUUCCACUUGUCUGAUCUCUGUGACUACAAAUUGUUGAGGUGCCCGUGUCAGCGUGGGAUUCUGGGAGUGGGCGUGGCCUGGGUAGUGGCCGCUGGCUUUGCGGAUGAGAAGGGGCGGUGCCCCGAUGGCGGCUGAACUGCGCUGCCCGCCGCAGGCUGCUUUCCUCCGCUUUCUUUACGUUGCGUUGAAAACAAAGUUUCCAUUCUGAAGGCUGCACGAUACUCGUUUGGCGGGAGGGCCUUGGUUUUCCCCGGGGUGUCUCCGUGCAUCCUCCCACGCGGUGCUGGGGCGGCCUCCCCCCACCCCGGACCCGCCCUGCUUCCUGCGGGCGGUGCUCCGGGCCCGGCCUGGCAGAGCGUGACCUGCCGCUCUGCCAGUUCGCCCUGGCAGCCCUGGUCCUGUCUCUGCUGCUGCCCAAGACCAGCCAGUACGUCAAGUGGAUCGUGGCCGCGGGGCUGGCCCAGGUCAGCGAGUUCUCUCUGGUCCUGGGGAGCCGGGCGCGCAGAGCACGUAUCAUCU